CCUACACACACCCCAUCACCCUUCUAGCUUAUGACAUUCAAAGCUCCACAUUAGGUCCUACGCCUCCAAACAAUCCUACAGCAUUUAAGAGUUGAAAGUCAGACAAUAUGGGUGGUGAUCUCAAUCUCAAGAAAUCCUGGCACCCCCACCUCCUCAAGAACCAAGAACGCGUUUGGCAGGAGGAGAAAAAAGCCCUAGAAGAACGCAAGCGCAUCGACCAAUGGCGCAAGGAACGCGAAGAGGAACGCCAGCUCCAGGAGCUGCGGCAAUUACAAGCAGCCGCUGGCGGCAAACAGGCUGUUGACCGGGUGGACUUUUUAUAUUCUGGCCCCUCACAGGGGAUGGAUAGGACUACCGAGGAGAUGGAGGGAUAUUUGCUUGGGAAGCGCAGGAUCGAUGGACUGUUGAAAGGGGGGGAUAUGGAUGUUUUGAAGAAGGAUGCUGGUGCGCGGCGAGAUAUCGCGAAUAAGGUUCGGGAGGACCCGCUGUUGGCGAUUAAGAAGCAGGAGCAGGCGGCGUAUGAAGCGUUCAAGAAGGACCCUGCAAAGAGGAGACAGUUGAAGGAGGCUGUCAACGGGAAGUCUGGGGAUAAGAAGAGGGAGAAGGAUAGGGGCGAUCGGAGGCAUAGGAGCAGGCAUGACGAUGAUAAGAGAAGUCGUGACGAUAAACACAGACGAGACGACGAUGGUCAAAGAAGACGUGACGAUAGACAUAGGCGGGACGGCGAUAGACACAGGUGGGACGGCGAUAGACGCAGGCGGGAUGACGACAGAAGCCGACGAGAUGACGGCGAAAGGAUCGGCCGUCGGGACAGGGACAGGGACAGGGACACGGAUAGAAGGCACCACCACCACCAUCGCCGCAGAAGAUCCAUGUCCGACGAUCGCUCUUUGUCCCGCUCCCGAAGCCCUCCCGCUCGCCUCUACUCUCCACGCCGCCCAUCUUCUCCUCACCACCGUGUUUCAUAUCCUCCUCCCGGACGCAGAUCGCCUCCCUCCCGCCCCCGUGACUUCGAACCAGCGCGACCCCCGGCAGACGACCCCGACGUCCAGCGCGCGCAGAAACUCGCGAUCGCGGAAAUGGUUGCUAAUGCCUCGCAAAUGAACGCCGACAGGGCGAAACGUCUGACGGAUUUGGCUAUCAGGGAAAAGGCCGAGUUGGAAGCCGAAGAGAAGGCUCGCAUGCGGACUUCGAAGGUUGGUGGGAAGGGGGAGUUCCUGACUGGGGUUAAUAGGAAGGUUGGGGACUUGGAUCUUGGGGAGAGGGUUCGGAGAGGGCGCCAGACGCUUGUUGCUGAGAGGGAGGAUUGA